AUGAUGCUUUCCACUUUGGUGAUGAUAGAAUUUGGUCUUGGAAAUUUUGCCAAUGCCUUCAUAGUACUGGUGAACUGCAUUAGCUGGCUCAAGAGACAAAAGCUGAUGCCAGGAGAUGGAAUUCUCACUGCCCUGGGAGUUUCCAGAAUUGCAUUGCUUUGGGUGAUGCUGAUGUAUUUUUAUUCAACUGUGUUUAAUCCAGCUUUAUUUAGUGGACAAGUACGAACCACUGUGAUUAUUUCCUGGGCUGUAUCCCACCACUUCAGCACCUGGUUUGCUACUGUCCUCUGCAUGUUUUAUUUUCUCAAAAUAGCCAAUUUCUCCAACUGUUUUUUCCUUUAUCUAAAGAAGCACAUUCAUAGUGUCGUUCUCCUGGUAUUGCUGGGAUCUCUGGUGUUUUUGUAUUGUCACGUUGCACUGAUGAAUGCGAAGGAAAUUGCGUUAGCAAAUGAUAAUGAAGGAAACCUGACUCAAAAGAACUCCACGGAUACCGUACACUUCUCAAAUAUCCCAGUUCUCACAGUAGUAAACCUCAUACCGUUUAGCACGUCAUUGAUAUGUCUUCUGCUAUUAAUCCAUUCCUUGUAUAAACAUGUAAAACAGAUGCAGCUCAGUGGCAGAGGAUUCCAAGACCCCAGCACCAAGAUACACGUGAAAGCCUUGCAAACAAUGCUCUCCUCCCUCUUUCUGUUGGCUGCUUAUUUUUUCUUUGUGAUUGCUAUUGUUUGGAGUUUUAGUGGGCAGCAUAGCAAUCCAUUUUUCGUAGUGUGCAAUAUUCUUGCAUUCACCUGCCCCUCAAUUCAUUCAUUUGUCCUGAUUUUCAUAAACAGGAAGCUAAAUCAAACGUUUUUGUGGAUGCUGGGGCAAGUGAGGUGUAGAUUGAAAAAACAGACUCCUUCAAAUUCAUAG